AUGGCGAAAUUAAAAGAUACAGAGGUGGUAGUUCUCUUAGUGGUUACUGAGAAUGAUGACAGCAUGUUAUGGUGGUGGGUUUCCACGGUUGUCGCUGCCCCUUAUAUCCUGACGGAUGAGUGCUGGCCAGAUAAGAUACUGGAUGGAAAUUUAGGGUUUGAAUUGACGAGGAUGAUGAUGGAUUUGGUCCAAAAACUAAACCUACAGUAUCUUAAACAAGGUUACAAUUAUCUUAUAAACAACAUUAUUGUCACUCUUUAUCUCCUUCCUCUCUUCAUUGUCAUUAUUGCAUUCCAAGCUUCUCUACUAGUCUUUAAAUACAUCGAAAACAUCUACCCGCUACUCGAGUGCAACCUACUCGUGUACAUGGCGUUAUUAGGUACGAUCGUGGUUGGGUUCACUGCGUACCUAAUGACCCGACCACGACCUAUCUACCUUAUUGAUUUCUCAUGCUACCGACCGCCUGACUCCCUAAAAGCCAAACUCCAAAUUUUUAUGGAUCAAGCAAAACUACACGGCGGGUUUGAUGAUUCGUCGCUUGAGUUUAUAGGGAAGAUACUUGAACGGUCCGGUCUAGGAGACGAGACUUAUCUUCCAGCAGUAAUGCACCGGAGCCCACCAGAACCGUCCAUGACUGCUGCAAUUAAAGAAGUUGAGGAUGAAAUGUUUGGAGCUCUUAAUAAUCUUUUCAAAACCAAAAAAGUUAAUCCAAAAGACAUUGGAAUUUUAGUCAUAAAUAGCAGCCUUUUCAACCCAAUUCCGUCUCUGUGUUCCAUUAUAGUUAACAAAUACAAACUCAAAGAGGACAUUAAAACAUUUAGUCUUGGCGGAAUGGGUUGCAGUGCAGGCGUGAUCGCUAUCGAUUUAGCGAAAGACAUGCUAAAAGUACACCAAAACACAUACGCAAUUGUUGUUAGCCUCGAAAACAUGGUCCAAGAAUGGUACAAAGGGAACAAAAAAUCAAUGUUGAUCCCAAACUGCUUAUUUAGAAUAGGUUGUGCCGCGGUUUUGUUAUCAAACAAGUCGUGGCACAAACAACAUGCAAAAUACAAACUUUUGCAUGUCGUCCGAACCCAUGAGGGUUCAGACGACACAUCAUAUAAAUGCAUACAUCAAGAAAAAGAUGACGCAGGUAAAGAAGGAAUCUCGUUAUCAAAAGACUUGAUGACGAUUGCCGGGCAUGCACUAAAAGCUAAUAUCACAAUGUUAGCCCCACUCGUGCUCCCGAUCAACGAGCAACUUUCGUUCUUCGUAACCCUAGUCGCACGGAAAAUAAUAAACUCGAAUAUCAAACCUUAUGUACCCGAUUUCAAGCUAGCGAUCGAUCAUUUCUGUAUUCAUGCCGGUGGGAAGGCGGUGAUAGACGAGCUUGAGAAGAGCUUGCGUUUGUCUAAGGACCACGUCGAGCCGUCAAGGAUGACGUUAUAUCGAUUUGGGAACACGUCGUCUAGCUCGAUUUGGUAUGAACUGGCAUUUAUGGAGGCUAAAGGGCGUAUCAAGAAAGGUAAUCGUGUUUGGCAAAUAGCUUUUGGAAGCGGGUUUAAGUGUAAUAGUGCGGUAUGGGAAGCUAUUCGAGCCGUGGAACCAUCGGCUAGUAAUCCAUGGGCUGAUUGUUGAUCGAACUUUUUAAAAGUUUAAACUAAA